UUCUGAGCUCUCUAAAAACAUUUGUAUGUUAAUUUCAUGGUUCUAACAGCUUUGAGUGGAAUAGAGAUUAGCUUGGAAGUAAAGAAAAAGGUUGAUUGGAGGUUAGAGAUUAAAUUCAGCAUAAAUGGAAAAAGAAGAAUGGGGAACAAGCAAGUCAUCCCAGCUGCCAUUUGAGGAAGAAGGAAGAAGCAUCAGGAAUCUUAUUGAUGAUUUCUUGAAUGGCUUGAAGAAAAUAAAGAAUGAAGAAGAAGAAUUCAUGGCUUCAAAAUUGGAUGAGUUUGAAAUGCUAAGAAUGGAACUGAAAUUCCUAAAAACAUUUGUCCUGUUUGGGAAUUCAACUUUGGAUGACUUUUAUGACAAGAUAUCCAAGAAUAUAGACAAGUUUGAUCGUCUGAGUUGUUCAGUUUUCAGCGAUGAAGAUAAAUUAAUAUUAGUGAAAUACAAUAUGCAACGUCUUACCUCUCUUCUGCUGAAAGAUAUGAAAAGUUAUUUACGUUUGAAAUAUGAUUAUGUAGCCAUGAUGAGUACAGAGGAGAAAAUGUUUGAAUACAUGGACAGCCUCUUCAAACACCUUUAUGAUUUACCAAUGUAUUGUUCUAGUUCGCUUCUCCCUCUGAUGAGUGAAUACAAGAUUGUUCGACAAGUAUUCGGUCAUCUGAGAGAUUUCUAUCCUAUCCUCACGGCCAACAAAACAAGUACUGAAUAUCUCUAUCCUCGGUACCAAAUGAUAGUUGAUAGGAUAACACAAUUUUGUUUUGAUCUUUGGACUGGAAAGCGUAAACAAAAAAGUGGUGAUCCUGAUUCGUACUAUUUCAACAAGUAUGAUGUCUCUCAAUGCUCUUCCAAGAUUGCUUCUCUACUCAUCGACAUAAUCCCUCUUGAGCUGGAUGUUCUAUGCAUUUGUACUUCGAAGAUCGAGAUACAGCCAAGGUCAACAGAUCUAAAAGAUUUGGUUAAGAAAAUCCUAAAAGCAUCUCCAAGGAUUCUUCAAAAUUAUCUGAUUCUUAUCCAAGGACGCAUGAAAGGUGCGCUAGCUGUCAAUUACACUCCAACUCAAAGCAUUAAUGUCAUGAUGGAGUUCCUAUUGAUCUUUGUCACUGAUAUACCAAAGCACUUUAUCCAUCGUGACAAAUUGAACGAUAUGUUGGCACAUGUUGGAGUACUUACAAGGAAGAUAUCUAUUCUUGUGAGCAAGCUGUUGGAAGAGAGCUCUGAGAAUACUAUCAAUGAAGCAGACUUUUCAGCUCCAGAUUUCUUGCAAGAAAUUGAACGAAUGAAGGGAGAUAUCAGGCAGAUUUUUUUGAAAACCCCAGAGUCAUCUCAACUUCGCUUUCCUAUGGAUGAUGGUUUCCUGUUCAUGGAUCUUUUACUCAGACGUUUAAAUGAUCUGCACAUUUCCAAUGUCUAUUCAGUUGCUCUGAUAAAGAAAGAAAUUGGGAUGGUGAAAGAAAGCCUCGAAUUCCUAAGAUCGUCUUUCGGGAAAGUGAGGCAAACAUUGGAUAACACUAGUGGAGUAGUUAAAGAUUGUUGGGUGCGCGCUUCAGAUGUGGCAUAUGAGGCGGAACAUGUCAUUAAUUCCAUUCUUGUUAGAGAUAAUGCGCUCUCGCAUCUCAUCUUUUCACUUCCGACUGUAACUGAUAAGAUCAAGCUUAUCGUGGCAGAAGUCACCAGUUUACAGCUGGAGGAUAGGAAUAGGGAUGACCCCCUUGAUGCAAGGUCUUCCUACGAGCCAAUUGAGUUUGUUGAUGUGACAGUAGGUCAUGAGGAAGAAGAAAUCCAGAUCAUUGACCAGCUACUUGAUGAACACGACGAGCUUGAUGUCAUUUCGAUUGUCGGAAUGCCAGGACUUGGUAAAACUACUCUGGCCAACAAAGUGUAUAAAAAUAAAGUAGUUGCUUGUCAUUUCCAUGUUCGUGCUUGGUGCACUGUUACCCAAAUGUAUAACAAGUCAAAGGUGUUGCAGGAGAUUCUUCAGCAAGUUACUGUCUUAAAAGAAAGUGAGGAUGACCUUGCUGAAAAGCUACGAAAAACACUACUCGAUAAAAGGUUCCUCAUCGUGUUGGAUGAUGUGUGGGAUAUUGCAACAGGAGAGAUGUUAAUAGCAUGUUUUCCAAAGGUUAAGAGAGGAAAUAGAAUCAUCUUAACUAGCCGAAGUAGUGAGGUAGGUUCGAAAGUUAAAUGCCGUGGUGAUCCUCUCCACCUUCAACUUUUAACACCUGAAAAAAGUUGGGAUUUAUUCGAAAAAAGGGUAUUUGGAGAUCAAGGAAUCUGCCCUGCUGAACUGUCAGAAGUUGGACACCAAAUAGUUGAGAAAUGUAAAGGGCUUCCUUUGGCUCUUGUUUUGAUUGCUGGAGUAAUUGUUAGAGGAAAGGAAAAGGAAAAGGAAAAGGAUUUGUGGCGUAAGAUUCAACAUAAUCUGGAUUCCUUUAUUUCUGCCAACAACAAUUUGCAGAUGAUGAAGGUUAUGCAAUUAAGUUAUGACCAUUUACCAUACCACCUGAAGCCGUUGUUGCUUUACUUUGCAAGAUCUCAAAAGAGCAAACGAACUCCAGUCUCUAAAUUGAUGCAGUUGUGGAUGGCUGAAGGGUUGGUGGAUCAUGAUAUCUGGUCCAAAAGUUACUUGCAUGCUUUGAUUUCCAGUAGCCUGAUAAUGGUAGAUCAUUUCCCCUCGAUGGUUUGCUACGUGCAUGAUGUUGUGCACGAUUUUUGUUCAGUAAAAUCCAAAAAGGAAAAGUUUUUCAAGUUAAUCAACUCAGGUGCUUCAUUUCAUGCUUCGGAUUUCCUACACCGUCGUCUAACCAUUCAUACUGACAAAGGCCAACUCCACAAAAAAUGUGUUUUGUUCAAUUCUAAUAAGUCUUCAGCUGGUGGUAAGCAUCUCAUAUCUUUGAAAGUGAGCGGUUUGCUUCAUAACUCCAGCUAUAUCUGUCACACAAGACACUUGAGACUUCUCAGAGUGUUGCAACUAGGUAACACAGUUCUGGGAGAUUCUUUAAUUGAAGAAAUAGGCUCCCUAUUUCAUUUGAGGUUUUUAAAGAUUCAGACUGAUGUCAAAGCUCUCCCGUUGUCAUGGUUGAACCUCCAGAAUCUGGAGACACUGUCGAUCAAACUGAAGCUUGGGAUCAUGGUACUACUGCCCAGAAUAUUAAAACUGUCAAAGCUGAAACAUGUGAGAGUCGACUACUUAAGUUCUUUCUUUGAAGUGAACAAGGAUAUGGACAUUAUUAUGGAUCAACCAAGUAGAAUAUUGGAAGCUGAGAAUUCAAAGUUAGAAGACUUGAGAACUUUAUCCACAGUUUUCAUCUCAUAUUCUGAAGGCACGAAUAAUGCUCUGGAGAAGUUCCCGAAUCUUCAGCACUUUGAUUGCAUGAUCAAGGGACCGAAAGAUCCUCCAAGACACCGUGAUUGGUUUCCCAAGUUUGAUGUCCUUAAUAAACUUGAAUCACUCAUUGCAAGAUACUACGGAUCGUUCCUUUUUUACUCCGAGUUAAUCCGACAGCCCAGUGGAUAUCACAUCCCUAGUAGCUUGAAAGAGUUGCAGUUGUUUGAGUUUCCCCUUAGACCUGCUUUGUUGUCAGCAAUCGCGGCAUUGCCUGAGCUUGAAAUUCUGAAGUUAAUCUUCUGUAAUUUCGAUGACAUGAAGUGGGAUGCGAGUGAGGACAUGUAUCGAAGUCUUAAGACUUUGCAUUUGCAAGGAUUAAAUCUUUCAGAAUGGCAAGUUGAUAUGGAAACAUUUCCCAAGCUUGAGGAAUUAAUACUAGAAAAUUGUGACCUUCAGGAGAUCCCUUGUGCAUUCAGGGAUAUAGACACUUUAAAGUCCAUUCAUUUAGGUAGAAUUAACAACAGUGACCUUGUAGAUUCAGCCAAUGCGAUUAAGAAAGAUGUGCAAGAUUUCACAGGAGAAGAUAGACUUAGUAUCCAUAAGUAUGGCUCAAGUGAAUGUCACAUGAAACAUGUGGAGCGUUUAUUUGCAGUUAAACGUUGGAGACUUAAAAGAGGUAGCAGCUGAGGUAAUUAAUUAAUUUCUUACAUCUUUGAUCUUGCUUUGAGUUCAAGUUAUAUAUGUAUAUUAACUGGUAUAAGCACAUUUUUUUGUUGUUAAAAGGGGAAUCGUUGCUUUUCAGAGAUCAUUAUCAGGCUACUGUUCAAUUUUGAAGUAACUGUUUAUAGUGAUAGCAUCUUUAUGCCAUUCUUGACAAAUAUUAGAAUUUGAAAGUUGGAACAUUUUGCAAUCCGGUG